CUUUAAUUACUGUUAAUGAGCCGCUUCCUUGUUCCGUUUCCCUUCCAGGACCCGGAGCACUUCCGGUUAGGCCGCACCAAACUCUUCUUCCGGUCCUCCCAAGUCGCCUAUUUAGAGAAGCUGCGGGCGGAGCGGCUCCUGGCGGCCGCCAUUUUGAUUCAGGCCACCUACAGGGGGUGGCUUCAGCGGCGUCACUUCCGGCGGAAGCGGCUGGCGGCCGCCAUCUUGCAGCGUCACAUCCGGGGCUUUUUGGCGCGCAGGCGCUACCAGGAGCUGCGGGCGGCCGCCAUUAAGAUCCAGGCCUUCGUUAGGGGCGCCUUAAUUAGGAGGAAUUACCAACAG